AUGGCCAGUCCGGCACGGACCCGCGGCUUCCGCAAGGAGCCUAUAUACGGCGACCCCUCUCAUGCCUACUCGCGCAGCCGCCAGUCCAAGCAUCCGUUCUGGAAGCGCAACAACUUCCGGGAAAAGGCCAAGAUGUUAGCCCCGGGCCCGAGCUGCGUGUUUCAGCAGUCUGGUUCGGCAGACUCGACGCCAGGGAGCUGCUUUGCAGCAUGCGCGCCGCAUAUGCCCGGGUGGCGACCGGGGGACGAACGAGAGCGCGGCCAGCUUUCGGAGCCGAGUCGGGCACACACACACACAUCCCGUGCUCCGCGGGCCCGUGAGGAGGCAGCCGGCGUUGGGCGGCUACGCUGCCGCCACGCCCACACCCCUCCCGCGAAAGCCUGUCUUACUUUAACGAUCGUGAAACGCCCCGGGGUCCGCGCCCGAGGUUUCAUGCUGGUAUCUGGAGCUGUAGAUUCCUACAUGCUGCUUCUGCGAGUUGCGGGAUCCCCACCACGGAGCCGGACGAUACUGGCUGGCGCGGGUCCUGCCCGGCCCGUUGUGGGCAUCUCGGCUCCCCGCGUGGCCACCACGGGCCCCGCCGCUCCGGACUCCGUCCGUACCUCUCCUGCCAGCCCGCACGUGCGCGGCCGAGGGGCGCUUCUCCCCACCUCCCUCCACCAGCUGGCGGGUCGGGCCUUCGUGUCACACACAUCGAAAGGUCCUCAACAACACCCGUCCGUCCAUCAACGCCGUGGCGGCCCUCCACCUCGGGCCGGAACCCCCCCUCCUGGCGGCUUCUCGGCCCCGCUUGAUGGCGAGGACGACGAUGACGCACUCGAGUACCUUCCGCGACAGGCAUCGAGAGAUCCUCAGCCGCCCCUGGUCCCGAGAGAAAGCUUCUGGGCACAGCGCGCGCCCUCGCCCGACGCGGCCCGGCCUCGUCGGACGGGUGCCACCCAUUUCCUAGUGCCGACGCGUUGA